CAGGACCCGCUACAUCAGCACGGAGCUGGGCAUCAGGCAGAGGCUGCUGGUGGCCGUGCUGACCUCACAGGCCACGUUGCCCACGCUGGGCGUGGCGGCGAACCGCACGCUGGGGCACCGACUGGAGCGAGUGGUGUUCCUGACCGGCGCGCGCGGCCGCCGCGCCCCCCCUGGCAUGGCUGUGGUGACGCUGGGCGAGGAGCGUCCCAUCGGGCGCCUGCACCUGGCGCUGCGCCACCUGCUGGAGCAGCACGGCGACGACUUCGACUGGUUCUUCCUAGUGCCGGACACCACCUACACCGAGGCGCACGGACUGGCGCGCCUGGCCGGCCACCUCAGCCUGGCCUCCGCCGCCCAGCUCUAUCUGGGCCGGCCCCAGGACUUCAUCGGCGGAGAGCCCACCCCGGGCCGCUACUGCCACGGUGGCUUUGGGGUGCUGCUGUCGCGCGCACUGCUGCAGCAGCUGCGCCCCCACCUGGAAGGCUGCCGCAACGACAUCGUCAGUGCGCGCCCGGAUGAGUGGCUGGGCCGCUGCAUUCUCGACGCCACGGGGGUGGGCUGCACUGGCGACCACGAGGGGGUGCACUAUAGCUAUCUGGAGCUGAGCCCUGGGGAGCCCGUGCAGGAGGGGGACCCUCGUUUCCGCAGUGCCCUGACUGCCCAUCCUGUGCGUGACCCUGUGCACAUGUACCAGCUGCACAAGGCUUUUGCCCGAGCUGAGCUAGAACGCACAUACCAGGAGAUCCAAGAGUUGCAGUGGGAGAUCCAGAACACCAGCCGUCUGGCAGCUGAUGGGGAGCGGGCAGCUACCUGGCCUGUGGGUAUUCCAGCACCCUCCCGCCCAGCCUCUCGCUUCGAGGUGCUGCGCUGGGACUACUUCACCGAGCAGCAUGCUUUCUCUUGCGCUGAUGGCUCACCCCGCUGCCCAUUGCGUGGGGCCGACCGGGCUGAUGUGGCUGACGUUCUGGGGGCGGCCCUGGAGGAGCUCAACCGCCGCUACCACCCAGCCCUGCGGCUCCAGAAGCAGCAGCUGGUGAACGGCUACCGACGCUUUGAUCCAGCCCGCGGUAUGGAGUACACGCUGGACUUGCAGCUGGAGGCACUGACCCCUCAGGGUGGCCGCCGGCCCCUCACCCGCCGCGUGCAGCUGCUUCGGCCACUGAGCCGCGUUGAGAUCUUGCCUGUGCCCUAUGUCACUGAGGCCUCGCGUCUCACUGUGUUGCUGCCUCUGGCUGCCGCUGAGCGUGACCUGGCCCCUGGCUUCCUGGAAGCCUUCGCUACGGCAGCACUGGAACCUGGUGAUGCCGCUGCGGCCCUGACCCUGCUGCUAUUGUACGAGCCUCGCCAGGCCCAGCGCGCGGCCCACGCAGAUAUCUUUGCACCUGUCAAGGCCCACGUGGCAGAGCUGGAGCGGCGCUUCCCUGGUGCCCGGGUGCCGUGGCUCAGCGUGCAGACGGCCGCCCCCUCACCACUGCGCCUCAUGGAUCUGCUCUCCAAGAAGCACCCGCUAGACACACUGUUCCUGCUGGCCGGGCCAGACACGGCGCUCACGCCUGACUUCCUCAACCGCUGCCGCAUGCACGCCAUCUCCGGCUGGCAGGCCUUCUUUCCCAUGCACUUCCAAGCCUUCCACCCGGCCGUGGCCCCACCGCAAGGGCCCGGGCCGCCCGAGCUGGGCCGCGACACCGGCCGCUUUGACCGCCAGGCGGCCAGCGAGGCCUGCUUCUACAAUUCCGACUACGUGGCGGCCCGCGGGCGUCUGGCGGCGGCCUCGGAGCAGGAGGAGGAGCUGCUGGAAGGCCUGGAUGUGUAUGAGCUGUUCCUGCGUUUCUCCAGCCUGCACGUGCUGCGGGCGGUGGAGCCGGCGCUGCUGCAGCGCUACCGGGCCCAGACGUGCAGCGCGCGACUCGGCGAGGACCUGUACCACCGCUGCCGGCAGAGCGCGCUCGAGGGCCUCGGCUCCCGAACCCAGCUGGCCAUGCUGCUCUUCGAGCAGGAGCAGGGCAACAGCACCUGACCCGCGUGUGCCCCUGAGCCCCGGCACGGCCGCCCCCUCCCCGCGCCUCCCCACGACUGGAGCCACCUGCCAGCCUCGCCGGACAGGGCUGGCCGUAGCCUCAGACCCCAGGGGGCCCACGGUGCCCCCUCGCUGGCUCUGUGGGUCCCUGGGCUCAGGACAAGCCCUGGGGAAGGUGUCCUUAGAGCCAUCCCCUUCGCCCCAAACCCAGUCUCCCUGACCCCUUGACGCUGCUGAUUCGGGCUGUGGCCUCCGCGUAUUUAUGCAGUACAGUCUGCCUGACGCCAGCCCCCCUCCCCCCUCGGGGUCAGGCCCUGGGGGCUGGGCUGUAGAUGAGUUGUUGGGGAAGGGAGGAGCUGGGAGAGGGGUGGGCGUCCCAACUUCUCCCUUCUGGACCCUGCUGAAGCUCCCUGCCUUGAAUAAACUGACCGAGUGUGGACAAGUGA